AUGUGGGGUGCGAAUCUUUCGGGUACAUUUAACGCGUUGCGAGUGAUCUACAAACCUCAACUAUGCAUGCCCCAAGUUGUGAUCUCUGAUUUUUCAAAACUUCAGAUUCCGCUUUGCUUCAAACAGAACCGGAUUAAAGCCGUUGUUUUGGACAAAGAUAAUACAUUUGCCAAGCCCUACGAUGAUAAAGUUUAUGCUGGAUAUCAAGCGGAAUGGGAUCACUUAAGGCAGUGUUAUCCGGGAGCAGAAUUAUUAAUAGUGAGCAACACUGCAGGAACUUCAGAUGAUAAAAAUUAUAUGCAAGCGGAAAAGAUUGAGAAGACGAUUAGAGUUCCUGUUCUCAGGCAUAAAACAAAAAAACCUGGGUGUUAUAGAGAAGUGAUGGCGUAUUUUAAAGAAAAAGGAGUCUGUAAUUCUCCUAAAGAAGUUGCUGUGGUUGGCGAUAGAUUAUUCACCGAUGUUAUGAUGGCCAAUCUGAUGGGAUCAUAUGGUGUUUGGAUAAGUGAUGGUGUUGUUCCGAACAAUCAGCUGGUUUCCAAAAUGGAAAAGCACUACUACCAAAGACUCCUUAGCAAAGGAUACCGGCCUUUGGAUCCAUGCAAAAAUUAUUAG